AUGCCGUCUCUGCUAGCGACCCGCGACCCCGUGGGCGAUGUCAAAGACACGUUCUCGUCGUGGGACAAGUGCAUGGCAAAGACCUAUUGCAAGUGGCCAGUCAUAGUCGGCAUAGUGGUCGGCUCCCUCAUUAUCCUCUCCAUUGUCUUCUGCGUUGCUCGAUGUAUCUGCUGCGGCGCCGAAUGCGCGUGCUGCUGCCUCAGGUGCUGUUCUUGCUGCACGCCUUCAAGUCGAAGGUCAGGACACAAACGAAUGAACAGCGCAGCCCCUCCAGCAUACCCUCCAUCGUAUCCCGCAGCCCCGCCCUCUGACACCCGGCCCGUCAACCAGCAGUAUCGCUCACACGCUGCUCCCUCCUUCGCUCCUGCCCCUCCCCCUCCCCCUCUCCCUGCCCCUGCCCCUGCCCCUGCCCCUGCCUCUGCCCCUCUACACAAGGUCGCGCCCGAGCCUGAAAGACCCCAAUACGCUAGGUUCGAUAGCUCAAAGCCGGUCAACGAGGAUGCGCUACCAGCUAUGCCGAGCUGGAAUGAAGCGAGAAGCGUGCAUGUGGAGGAAACCGUCAUGCCAGAGAAAAAAGGGGACAUGGAGAUGGACAGGCUAAAUCAAAACGGAAGCGUCAUAGAUUCCACCGUGACAGCCGCAGCAGCUGUUGGAGGGCCGAGGAGGUCUCCGGCCAGGUCGCCUGUGCAGCGCUCGCCGACUCAGGAUAGCUACGGAUUUCCGCCCGGCUACCAGGCCAAUUCACUAGCGGGCGGCCCUCCACACCGCAGCCCUCAGAGUAGCCCACUCCCGUACGGGAGGCAAUACGGCGAGCACCAGGAUAACUAUCGCGGCGGGUCUCCCGCCCAGUCCUUGUCACCAGUCUAUGUGGCUGGCGGAGGAUAUGCCCAAAACCAGUCGUAUGGCCAUCGCUCUCCAAACCAAAACAACAAUCAACCAUACGACAGGCCAAAUGCAAGACCUAGCCCGCCAAAUAAUGGGGGUGGGGUUGGUCAGGGAUACGGAUACUCUGUGAACUCAAGGGAGAUCGUUGAAAUGCCCAGCCCUGGUCUGCAUCGGAACGAUACCUUUGGCCUCCCUCCUUCCGCUAAAUCCAAUUCACCCGGCUAUGCGCUUGCGUCAACAAGAUCCGAGCCACCAGCUGCGUAUCCCGGCCAGCAAACCUAUGAAGCCGCAGAACCCUCCUAUCCAGGCCAGCAAUCAUAUCAAGCCUACCAGCCCGCAUCAGAGCCGCAAUAUUCAGGCUUGGCAAGGAAACCCGUCGAUGGAUCUUGGAAAGAAGUGUAG